AUGUCCUUGCUCGCACAGUCCCCUCGCUUCCCGCAAGAGAUCCUCGACUCCUUUAUCGACUCGGUUGCGGCAUUGGGACCAGUUCACGGCGAGGAGGACGCGGCAUUGAGCAAGUGUGCACUGGUGUCGCGGUCUUUUGCGCAUCGUACACGAAAACACGUCUUCCGCCAGGUCCUUCUCACAGCGGAGGGGAAUGACGAUUGUGAAGGCAUGGAUAAUGAAGAAUACUUGUUCGUGUUUCAAGGGUUUUUAACCUGGAAACCAAGACAACCGCAGAAAGACGGGCUCACCUCUAUCGCGCCCUAUGUCAAGAAACUCAGUCUCGUCUCCUACUUGCCUGUCUUCAGCACGCCCUCUGAUCUGUUGCUCUCCCCGCAUCUGGUCAGCCUCUCUCUUUCAGGGAUUCAAAAGCUUCCGAAGGCGCUGCCAGCGGGAAGCCAUGUGGAGCAGUUGAGGUUGCGGAAUUGUUCAGUCUCCAAGGUGAAAGCCCGCCUUCAUUUUUCUGCACGAUAUCCAACCGCUACCUCUUCACAUCCUCGUGUGAGGAAGAUUGAUGUGGACGAUGUCGGAGCGGCAUCCCAACUCCUGUUCGGAGUUCCAGAUCCACUGUAUCGUGAGGCCGCCACACCCUCGACCGUGUCGGAAGUGGCGAUCCCGUUCGACUCUUCCGGGCAAGGGCAGGAAAUCUCCACCUUCUUGACUCAAAUAAAAACUUCGGUUACAUAUAUUGACAUGAAAUUUAAUGACUUGGUGACACCCCCGCUCACGCAGUCGUCGUUCAACCUAACUCGAUUGGAAGAGCUGCAGCACCUUCGUUUUUCGAGAUACCAAGGCAGCAGAGCAUUCUCCUCCACUCUUCAGCUCCCAGGUCUUGGAUUUGAUAUUCUGGACGUACUCCAGGUUCCAACCUCGUUGCAAGCAUUCUCCCUCCAAUUCCACUACUCCGGAGACAAAGAGCGCUUUCUUGAAUCCUUUUCUGCACCUCCUGAGGCCAAUGGGUGGAUCAAAUUAAACACCUUUUUUUCACUCAAGUCCUCGCAGAUCGCCAACGUGGAGGUGUCAAUCUUGUUUUCCCGUAGGCCCCGCGACACAUUCUACGGGCAAAUCGAGUCCCAAGUGAAGACUGCUCUCCCUUUUUUCACCAAAUCGACCACCACAUGUUCCCUCUCUGUCAUUGUGGGGUGCAUCGAUGACGCCUCCGAUGACGGUUACGAUUAA